UCUCUGGCUGCUGCAGCUUUAUUUCCUCACAGAAGAAGAAGACUGAAGGAACCCGAGAGGAACCCGUUUCUCUUUGUUUGUUUCGGACUUGUGCAGAUUUUCUUAAAAAUGUAAAAAUGAGUGAAAUGUGAACGGAGGUCUGGUGAGGGGGACUGUUUCUUCUUCUGGUGUUUGAAGCAGCUGCAGCUUCAUCAUGUCAGAGGAGGCGGCAGGAGCAGAGCAAGCUGGCCCGGAGGAGGAAGAGGAGGGAGAAGGAAGAGGAGGAGGUGAAGAGGAAGAAGAAGGAGGAGGAAGAAAAGUUGCCAUGCGGACCCCCAAAGGUCCUGUCUACUGUGUCUGCAGGAAACCAGACAUCAACUGUUUCAUGAUAGGCUGUGACAGCUGUACUGAGUGGUUUCAUGGAAGCUGUGUUGGAGUCUCAGAGAAAGCAGCUAAGUCCAUCAGAGUGUGGUACUGUCCGUCCUGCAGAGACAAAGACUCGUCUCUUGAGAUUAAAUACCGUCCGAAGAAGACCAAGGAGAAGGAAGAGAAAGAGGAGAAAGAAGAGUCGGAGCCGGAGAGGGAGGACAAACCUGACGGAGAUGGGAGCUCCACACCCCCGGCCAGAAUUGACAGGAGGCGGGGCUCACAGAUCAAGCGUUCAGCCCGGAUGUGUGGGGAGUGUGACGCCUGUCUGAGGACGGAGGACUGCGCUCUAUGUGAUUUCUGUAAAGACAUGAAGAAGUUCGGAGGUCCAAACAAAAUCCGUCAGAAGUGUCGUCUGAGGCAGUGUGAGGUCCGAGCCCGGACAAUGCAAACCAACCAAUCCAACACAACAGUAUCAACAACCUCGUCCUCAAUGAAAAAGAUGCUUCGUGUCAAAGACGAGGAGAUGGCUCGCAGUGGUGGCAGGGGGCGGGGCCUGUCGAGGAAAGGGUCGGGGCAUCAGACAGAGGAGGAGGAGGAGGAUGAUGAUGAAGACGACCCCUUCAGUGAGAGUGAGCUGGAGCUGUAUGAGCAGUACAAAGCUGCUGGAUACAGAGACCUGGUGUGGCACAGCGAGGAAGAGGACGCUCAGUCGGACUCUCUGAGGAAGAAGGCGGUGAAGGUGAAACACGUCAAGAGACGAGAGAAGAAGACGGAGAAGAAGAAGCCUGUCCCUGUCUCUGUCCCUGUCUCUGUCCCUAAAGAAGAGGUGAAGCCUCGCCGUCACAAAGUGAAACAGCGUCACAGGGAGCGCGUGCGUCACAGCGAGCGAGGAGGAGAUGGCGGGGCUAAAGAGGUGGGCGGGGCUAUGCGGCAGUGUCUGGGACCAGGAUGUGUCCAUCUGGCGAGGACCAACUCCAAAUACUGUUCUGACGACUGUGGAAUGAAGCUCGCCGCCAAUCGUAUCUAUGAGAUACUACCUCAGAGGAUCCAGCAGUGGCAGCAAAGUCCGUGCGUUGCCGAGGAGAUGGGGCGCAGACAGCUGGAGCGAAUCAGGAAGGAGCAGCAGGCAGCAAGGCUCCGCCUCACGCUGAUGGAGAAACGUUUCCACGAGCUCGAAGGCAUCAUCGCCAACGCCAAACAGCAGCAGGUCCAACACCACGAGGAGGUGACUGAAGGUGACGGUGAUGACACAGACCUUCAGGUCUUCUGCGUUUCCUGUAGUCAUCCCGUCAACCCCAAGGUGGCUCUUAGACACAUGGAGAGAUGCUACGCGAAGUAUGAGAGUCAGACAUCGUUUGGUUCCAUGUACCCAACACGAAUAGAAGGGGCGACCCGGUUGUUCUGUGAUGUGUAUAACCCUCAGAGUAAGACGUACUGUAAGCGGCUGCAGGUUCUGUGUCCUGAGCACUCCAGAGAUCCAAAGAUCCCAGCAGACGAGGUGUGCGGUUGUCCUCUGGUGAAAGACGUCUUUGAGCCGACAGGAGAGUUUUGUCGAUUGUCUAAGAGGAAGUGUAACAAACAUUACUGCUGGGAGAAACUUCGCCGCGCUGAGGUCGACCUCGAGAGAGUCCGAGUGUGGUAUAAACUGGACGAGCUGUUUGAGCAGGAGAGGAAUCUGAGGACCGCUAUGACCAAUCGAGCCGGUUUAUUGGCUCUGAUGCUGCACCAGACCAUCCAACACGACCCGAUCACAACCGACCUGCGCUCUGCCAAGGACAGGUAGACAGACGGACAGGUAGACAGACAGGUGGACAGGUAGAGGGACAGUCAUGAGUACACAACUCCCUGGCUCAGUCGACGUAAAGACAUUGUUUAUCAAUAACAGUAUUAAUGAUCUUUAACAUCUGCUCCUGUUUUUAGGUUGUGUCUAGAUGGUAACCCACAAAUUGUGAAAACCUGUAAAAGCUAUUCUAACUAUCCAGCCAGAGUUUCACAAAUUGGGGGUUCCCUUCUAGACAUGUCCCUGUUUUUAAAGGGUUUUAUUAUUGAAGUACUACACUACCCAUAACUGUUACUGUUGAUGAAACACUACAGGGUUUUAUAUUUUUUAAAUCAAUACAUACAGACAAAAUAUGGGAUGUUUAUGUAAUGCAAUACAUGAUAAAUCCUUUCACAAUAAGAGCUUAUUGCAGGUCAUUCCAGACAGUUUCACAGAUGACAAACAUCAUUACAGCAGUUAAGUGGCACAUUAAUAAUAAAACCACACAACAUGAAGACAGCAUAAUAAAAACAGAAAUAACUCAAAUCGGCAGCUAAACUGACCAGAAAUAAACUCUUUUAUCGUGAAGGGAAGUUGGACAGAAUAUCAUUAUAACACUAAUGUAACACAUGAUAACAAUAAUAUUUUUUUCUUGGUAUAAAAUCUAUAUUUCUUCUGUAUUUAUUCAUAUGAUCAUGUGUUUAUUUAAUAUUGAACACAUGUGUGUUUUAUGAAACAAACGUGAAAAAUAAGAACUAAAACUUCAUUAUGUUAUUCUUCGUUUAUCUCAUUUUAUAUCUCAGUGUUCUGCUACCGAUGUUUUUUAUAUUUUGUAUUAUUUGUUCAUGUUGUAUUCAAACUGAUGUUUCAUUAAAAACUGAUGAUGUUUUAUUA